UGACAACCACUCCCCUACAGUUACAUGAAAAUGAUAUUCCAACAAGAAGAAAUUAGAUCCUAUAUCUGCCAUUUUAGAAUCAAACACUUAAUUUUUCAAGAAAAUGAGAGAAAUCCUUCAUAUUCAAGCCGGCCAAUGCGGAAACCAGAUCGGUGCAAAAUUUUGGGAGGUGGUUUGUGAUGAACAUGGAAUCGACGCGAGUGGGAAGUACUACGGAAACACUCAUGUUCAAUUAGAGAGAGUGAAUGUGUACUACAACGAGGCUAGUGGUGGUCGAUAUGUCCCAAGAGCUGUAUUGGUCGAUCUAGAGCCCGGUACCAUGGACAGUCUGCGUGCCGGACCUUACGGGAAAAUUUUCCGCCCCGAUAACUUUAUUUUCGGCCAAAAUGGUGCCGGAAACAAUUGGGCCAAGGGACAUUACACCGAAGGUGCCGAGUUAGUUGAUGCAGUUCUUGAUGUUGUUCGUAAGGAAGCUGAGAACUGCGACUGCUUACAAGGAUUUCAAGUAUGUCAUUCGCUUGGAGGUGGUACUGGAUCCGGUAUGGGUACUUUAUUGAUAUCGAAGAUCCGAGAGGAAUAUCCAGAUAGGAUGAUGUUGACAUUUUCAGUGUUUCCAUCACCAAAGGUGUCGGACACAGUGGUUGAGCCUUACAAUGCCACCUUGUCUGUCCAUCAGUUGGUCGAAAACGCUGACGAGUGUAUGGUACUCGAUAACGAAGCGUUGUAUGAUAUCUGUUUCCGGACCCUAAAACUCACCAACCCAAGCUUUGGGGACUUGAACCACUUGAUAUCAACUACCAUGAGUGGGGUCACUUGUUGCCUCCGUUUCCCCGGUCAACUCAACUCCGAUCUCCGGAAGCUCGCCGUGAAUCUGAUUCCAUUCCCACGUCUCCACUUCUUCAUGGUCGGAUUUGCACCGUUGACUUCCCGUGGAUCACAGCAAUACCGUGCCCUAACCAUCCCGGAGCUCACCCAACAGAUGUGGGAUUCCAAGAACAUGAUGUGCGCCGCUGACCCCCGUCACGGCCGCUACCUCACCGCCUCCGCCAUGUUCAGGGGCAAAAUGUCCACCAAAGAAGUCGACGAGCAAAUGAUCAAUGUACAGAACAAAACUCCUCUUAUUUCGUUGAAUGGAUCCCUAACAAUGGAGAUGUUCCGGCGAGUUUCCGAACAGUUCACUGUAAUGUUUAGGAGGAAGGCUUUCUUGCAUUGGUACACCAGUGAGGGGAUGGAUGAGAUGGAAUUCACGGAGGCGGAGAGCAACAUGAAUGAUUUGGUGUCGGAGUAUCAGCAAUAUCAGGAUGCGGUGGCCGACGACGAUGUUGAGGAUGAUGUGUAUGGGGAAGAAGAAGAAGAAAAUUAA